CAGCUAAAAGGGGUGGAGCUGGGGCGAUAUUAUCUGCAUGUAAUAUGCUGGACCUUAUGUGCAGCCCAGCACGCUCUGAAGGGUGUAUAUACAACUAGUCCUGCAGCUAGUCCCGCUAUGAGUGGAGAGCGUCUCAGCGGCGGAGGACGACAGGCGGGAGCAGGAAUAGCAGAUGAUGUGGCGGCCGAUUGGGAGGUGGGGCUGGCAGAUGGAGUCCACAGAGUGCGCCUGGAUCACGGCACUACGUCGGGAAAAAGGGUUAUUACUGUGGACGACAAGGAGCUCUGUCGUCGAAACUGGAUGUUUUCGUUGGUCGGAUCUGAAAAAUUUAUGAUCAGCUCCAAACCAGCCGAAAUUGUCAUCUCCUGCAAAGGGUUUAUGUUUGAGUAUACACUGAAUGUGGAUGGUAAAUCUUUGAAGAAGUUUGUGGAGUCGCAAUUGAAGAACACACGCGUCUGGCACCCCGAGAUUAAUGGGAGGGGCCACAGGGUCGUCCUGGAUAUUGAGACAAUGGACGUGUAUGUAGAUGGAGAAAAGAUGGACACACAUGUGAGUAUAAUUUGUGGGUCCAGUUUUUAUUAUUGAACCAAAUUUUUAAUGGUCCAAAUGUGCGCUUCUUGUGUGUCUUGAGAAAUAAUCUUCAAAAAUUUUUUCUCCGAUACAGUAUCAUAGAAUUUUAGCGAAUUUGGUUAUCUGCCGGGGUUUUUUGCGCAGGGGGAAUUUACAGACACUGGGACGGAGACGUGUUUCACGCUGGACGGCUACGCAGCCUGCAUCCGAGCGGAAAGUUCCGGAAACAGACACAAGGGACUGGUGCACGUACUGGUGAUUGGCAACACUGUACUAGAACCAGUCCCCGAGGUAAUCACAUGACUAUCACAUGACCACGUUACUAUUUACUAUGACACCCGGCAACCAGUUCACUUUUGGGAAUAAAACUUGUAAUUAAAAAAUUAAUGAAUUUUCAAUCAUAAGGUUUUAUGAUUUUGUAUGUCUUGAUGGAAUAGUAAUAGGAAGUGAUUGACCACUUGAAGGUCAUAAACGUCCAUACACAGACAAUGUACUCCGUC